UUUUUGUAUUCGUUCGUUGCAGACGUGCAGCUCGGCAUAAAUUUUUGUGUGUGUGAAUUUUUUUUCGAAUUAUUUUUGCCUGACGCGCUUGAUAUUCAAUUGUGGUUCGUUCAACUGACGCCAAGAGAAAAGUAAAGAAGAAAAAAAGCAAUUUAACGUGUUUAUAUAUUAAUGAUAAACAAAAUAUAAAAACGGCAUUGAGCAGCCACAGCACAGAGCUGAAAAGUGAAAAGCAACAUUUUCUGCUACGCCUGAGAACCGAAACGAUACACACAACAACAGCAACAACAAGAAGAAGAAGAAAAACAAGACAAUUGUAAGACGAAGACGAAAGCGAAUAGCUGAAGAGAAGUAGAGAAAAGAUCAUGCGUGCUUGACGACGACGACGACGACGCUGGCAACGCCACCACAUGCAUCAGACGCGGGGGGGAGAGGGUGACAACAACUAGUGCCAAACACAAUGCAAGGCAGACAACGAGAAACGAGCUACAACAACAAGAACAACAAGCAGAGUAUUUGUAUUUCCACAUAAUUGACAACGAGCGCCUGCAAACGUGCGCACAAGAAGCCACACAAGAGAGCCAGAAAAUUAGACGAAGAAAAUAAGACAACGGCAACAACAACAACAACAACAACAAGGGCAGAAAAAACCGCUCAGCAUUGGCAUCUUAAAUAUGUGUCUGCAUGCAUGUAUUUGUAUGUACAAAUCUUUGGUGUGUCUUGAAAGCUUUUCUGCAUUCAACGAGGAGGCAACAGGCGUCAGUCUAUAAACAGCGCUGUCUGCAGCAGCCGCAAAGCUUGAUUGAAGUUCGUCUUAAAAGCAGCAGCGGAAACAGUGUUGUGUGCGGCAGCAGCAAAUGCAAUUGUUGUGAGUUUCGUGCGCAGCACAGGAAGCAAUAAGGAGGCUCAAACCAAAACAGUGUUGUGUGCAGCAGCAGCAGCAGCAAAUGUUGAUUUAUAAGCGUAGAACAGUGUUGUGUGCAGCUGCAAUUGUACGUACAUUAGCGUAAAUACUCAUACAUAUAUAAAUAUACAUAGACAGAAGUCGAAGACAGUGUUUUGUGCGGCAAUUAGUGUGAAUUUAUUUAAAAAGCACCCAACUGAACGAAGUCUUGCAAAACAAAUUAACACCCACCCAAACACACACACACACACACACAAAGAUGAACAGCUAUUGGCUGCUGUUGCUGCUGAUCUGCGCAGCAAACAGUCAGCAAGAAGAAGAGCUAGUCACAGGCAGCGCAGCAACGGCAUCGGCAACAACAACAGCUGCGCCAGCAAGCGCCUCGGGACGACCGCCGCCCCCGCGAGUUCUGCUGAACAAGUGUUGCCACCAGGGUGAAUAUUUAAAUGGAACGACGCUGGAGUGCAUAGCGGGCUCCUCGGAGAUGUGGGUGCCGCUGGUGUAUCUGAAGCAGCAGCAGCGCUUCUUUGAGCCGAAGGGCGCCAAGCCGCGCUUCAUCAAGUUCCAGCCAAAUGUGCGGCCCAGCUGCCAGGCGCAGAGCCAGCAACAGGAGCUGUUCAGCAGCCGCCAGGCGAACGUGGUGCUCUUUCCCAAUGGCACCAUGUCGGUGCGGGAGCGCGGCCUGCUCGUCGAGCCGGCCAGCUACUGUGUGGAUCAGGAUGUCGCCCUGGUCUGCUUGGACAGAGAUCCAGCGCCGUCCGCCACGGACCGCGAGCGUGCGCCCGGCUCAGAUCCAGACGGAGAUGCACCGCAGCCAGCCCCAACCACAUUGUCGCUGUUGCGCCUGCGCAAAUGUUGCGGCAAAUGGGGCAGCUACGACAGCGGCACCAAGGGCUGCAGCCUGCAAACGGCCGCCGAGCGUGCGGACAGCGGGCAGCUGCAACUGCAUCUGGCGCCGCAGCUGGUGCCGGGCAGCUACCAGACCAGCUACGGCCUGCCCGAGUGCCUGGGGGGGGGCAAUGGCAGCGGCUAUGCCAUUGCCGGCGACUGGCACGAGGCGACGCUCAAUCGCAGCAGCGGCUCGCUCCGGCUGGCCCACACGAAUCUGAGUGCCUCGCAGUAUUGCCUGGAGCAUACGGAGCGGGCGGGCGAGGUGAAAAUAAUUGCCUGCACCCAGCACUUUGCCGGCGGGCAUCACAAUGUGCCGUACGGCGGUGUCGAGGGCAGCCUCCAGAAGGCUGUCCUGGACGUUGGCAUACUCAUAUCGAUUGUCUUUCUGGCUGCCACGCUGGUCGCUGGUUAUAUGCUGCCCGCGGUGCAUCAUGCGCUGCACUGGCGUUGCCAGAUCUAUUAUGUAUUCUGCCUGCUGCUUGGCAAGAUUCUGCUGGCCAUCGAGGAGCUGAGCACGGCCCUGGUGCCCGGCACCGUCAGCUGCCUGCUGCUGGCCAUCGGGAUGCAGUUCUUCUUUCUGUCGGCCUUCUUCUGGCUGAACACGAUGUGCUUUAACAUCUGGUGGACAUUCCGCGACUUUCGUCCCAGUUCCCUCGAACGCAAUCAGGAGUCACUGCGUCUCCGACUCUAUUCGGCAUACGCCUGGGGCCUGCCGCUCCUGAUCUGCGCCAUUGCCGCCUGCGUGGACCAGCUGCCGGAGACGGAGACGGCGCUGCUGCGUCCGGGCUUUGGCCAGUUGUACUGCUGGUUCGACAAUCGCUCUCUGGCCAUAUUCGCCUACUUCUACGGACCCAUCGGACUGCUGCUCUGCGCCAACAUAGUGCUCUUCAUAUCGACAACGCAUCAGCUGACGUGCGGCCUGUGGAAGCGCGACGAUGUCAAGUCGACGACGGAGAAAUCGGCGCUGGGCCGUGUCUGUCUCAAGCUGGUCGUGGUCAUGGGCGUCACCUGGAUCUGGGACAUAAUCUCGUGGCUGGUCGGCGGGCCGCACGAUGUCUGGCUGCUGACGGAUCUCAUCAAUGCGCUCCAGGGCGUCUUCAUAUUCAUUGUCGUCGGCUGCCAGCCGCAGGUGUGGACCGCCUGCAAGCGCAUCUGCUGUCCGCGUCUCCGGCACGACAUCACCAACACCACCAACGGUGUCCAGCACUCGAGCAGCUCCCAGGGCCUGCCCUCCCUCGCCAAUGGCACCGAGUUCACCCAGAACACCUCCAUGAACAUCACAACAACAACAACAACAACAGCAGCCACAGCCACAGCCAUGUCGCCAGCCAGCCCCAUCACCGAGGAUGGCCCACAGCCAGCCGCAACUGCAGCCAGUCCGAGCGGGCAGGUUGCCACAAAGAUACCCAUGGAGACCAUUUGCUAAGAAAACUGAGACGAGCGACAAUGCGAAAGUAAACCGAGUCCUACAACAACAACAACAACAGCGGCAGCAACGACAACAACAACAAUGGCAAUGAAGGCAGCAACAAUAAAAACGGCAAACGGCCAGACUUGCGCAAUAGCUGUUACAACAACAACAACAACAACAACAACGACGGCAAUAAGCACAACAUUCAAGCACGCGCAUUGACCGAGCGGGCAUCAACUGCCCAGCCCAGGCCCAGGCCGAGCUGGCCAAGCUUUUUCUUAAUGUAAGUGUAUUGAGCAAAACUUUAAGUGAGCAUUGUGUAUGUGUGUGUGUGUGUGUGAUUUUCAAAAUCAGUUUUUAGCCACAGCCG